AUGUUCGCACCUCCUCUAUUUCAAGACCCUUCACCAAGCUGUGAACCUGCUAUGCCUGAACAGCAUGUGACCCUUCACGCCGUUCAUCCGAUACCGACGCGAUAUCUACGAAGCCUCGCGCAAGAUCAGUUGGAGUUCCUGUUCGGCUACUGGACUGAGAAGAGGAUUCAGCCUGAUGGUGAGCUCGCUAGACGAAUGUGUGAGACGGUGGAGGCCAUCGGACAAAUCAUGCAUGAGGACGAGGAUGAAUUCAUGUGA